AUGCGUGGAAGAUGCCAGAUGACACCCGACUCUCGCGUAGCAAACACUCCGUCAGAAGCCGGAUUCGUUGUACCCGUGUCCUCGUGGAACAGCCGGAAUCACCUUUCGCUCUCACCAUCGUUUCCGUCGGCGCCCCCCUGUCUCUCGGCCGAUUAUUUCUGUUGGUUCGAUCAAGGGGAAUUCAAAGACCUGGUCUGGACUUGUUCUGCGAAGCGAGACGAAUUGCUGUCAAUGGCCAGCCACCUGCUCGCGGCCGGUUCUCGGAGUGCUGGGGUAAAUUCGACAGAAAAAGUCCCUGAGACGCAGGGCACUCGGCGCUGGGCGCUGGGCGUAGCAGUACCCGGCUUGUUGAACUCUGCUGUUCCUAGGCGCAUGACGAUGAAAUGGAACCACAACUAA